AUGUUUUUCAACGCCAUUCUCCCCGCUCUUUCCCUCACUCUGCUCUCUCAAGCCACUCCUGUUCCCGAGGCCCGCCCUCUCGGCGUGAACAUCCCUCUCCACAAGCGUGGCUCGCUCACCACUCCCCACGGUGUCUUCGACCAUGCGAUGGCCGUCAAGCAUGGCGCAAGGAUCGCAAACAAGUACCGCAGGAACCUGAUCAACAUCAAGGCGAACACUGGUCACCUUCCCGACGGCGUCGAGUCGAUCCCAGAUUCCAAAGUCGCUGCCCAUCCCCUCAAACGCGCCGGCGUUCCUCUCACGGACGAGGACCAUGACGUUCAGUGGGCGGGAAAGGUCGCCAUAGGCACGCCCUCGACCACGUUCCUAAUCGAUUUCGACACCGGCUCGUCGGACCUCUGGGUUCCGUCUUCUACAUGCACCUCCUGCGGUUCCCACAAGAAGUACAACCCCGCAAGAUCCUCCACAAGCUCGAAGAAGAGCGGCACCUUCGAGAUCGGGUACGGCGAUGGCUCCUCUGCGUCCGGCCCCAUUUACACCGACACCGUGACCGUAGGCGGCAUUAAGGCGACCGGCCAGUACUUCUCCGCUGUCACCACGGAGUCGUCUGAGUUCACAAGUGACGUCGUCGACGGCCUCAUGGGUCUUGCCUUCCCGCAGCUGUCCAAUCUUAAGCAUAAACCGUUCUUCAACACCGCGUUCUCCCAGGGCACCGCCAAGCAGAACGUCUUCGGCUUCAAGCUCGCCACGACCGGCUCCGAGCUCUACCUCGGCGGCACCAACUCCGCGCUCUACACCGGCGCGCUCGAGUACCACCCCGUCUCGCCCUCGUCCCUCGGCUUCUGGCAGAUCACUGGCGCGAGCGCGUUCGCGAACGGCGCCCGCGUCGCCUCCGGCUUCCAGACCGUCAUCGACUCGGGCACGACGAUCAUGUACGGGCCCCCGGCCGCCGUCAAGGCGUUCUACGCCGCCGUCCCGGGAGCGAAGGUCUUCGACGCCGCGAACGGGCUCUACCAGUACCCGUGCGCGCGCGCGCCGAGCGUGGCGUUCAGCUGGGGCCCCACCGGGAAGGCGUGGGCGGUCUCGAAAAACAACUUCAGCCUGGGAGUGACGAGGGCCGGGUCGACGUGGUGCGUGGGCGCGCUCGCGGGCCAGGACUUUGGGCUGGGCUCGAACGUGUGGCUUCUGGGCGACAGCUUCAUGAAGAACGUGUACACCGCGUUUUCGUUCGCUCGGAACUCCGUCGGGUUCGCUAAGCUUAAGUGA